AUGGAGAGCGCCGAUGAGGAGGAGAUGAUGACGAAUAUGGAGUUUUAUAAAAAGUCUAAUAAAGAGGCAAAGUUAGCUGUCACGACUGCCAAAAAUACAACAUUUGAACACUUGUAUGAGGAGCUAGGAGGUGGAGGCGGUGACAAGAAACUGUUCCGAUUAGCCAAGGCUAGAGAGAGAAAGGCACUUGCCUUGGACCAAGAGAGGUGCAUUAAAAACGAAGAAGGGCAGUCGGCUACAGAAGCCAUUCAUCUAGCAAGGAGGUUGAUGGAACAGUAUAUGGAGAGGAAGAAUGACUUGCAUAUGGUGUUUAUUGACUUAGAAAAAGCCACGAUAAAGUCCUUAGGGAGGUUUUAUGGAGAUGUUUGGAGAUUAGCGGCUAGAGGUGUGGAAAUAAACCCUGAGUCUAAAGGUUUCAAGUUGAGCAGGACAAAGACAGAGUACUUGGAGUGUAAGUUUAGUAUUGGGGCUCAUGAAGUAGAAGUGGACGUGAAGCUGGAUGCACAUGUCAUCCCCAGGAGAGAUAGUUUCAAAUAUCUUGGGUCUGUGAUACAGGGUAACGGAAAAAUCGAUGAGGAUGUUGCACACCGUAUUGGAGCGGGAUUGAUGAAAUGA